UAAAUCCAAAUACUACUGGGGACUAAGAACCAAGAGCACACAUUUUGUAUCUUCUUCUUCUCACAAUGGCUCGCCAUGCUCUUCUCAUCUUCCUUGGUUUGAUGGCCUUACCAUGCAUAUCCUGCUCUGAGGCUGUAGGUUGUGAUGGGGGCGAGUUUCGUUACGAGUUCACGCAGAGAAACCUAACGUUUUGUAAGAAACUGAGACGAAUUGAUUGGGCGUUCGGGUGGUCACUCCAGGAAAAAGAGGGGAUGAUCAGCAUCGGCUUCCAAGCUCGCCUGCAGAAAAGGUCCACAUGGGUAGCAUGGGGGAUAAACUUAAAUGGGCGGAUGGCACCGGUUAUGGAUGGCACAGUGGCCCUGGUGGCAGUUCAACAGCCCAAUGGGACUGUCUUGAAUACCUAUAACCUGACAAGGGCCUCUGCUUUGAGCCGGAGCCAUAAAUGUUUACCGACAUCAGAUAGAAAAGCGAAUUUUGUGAAUUUUACAAAUAAGCAAGCCUUGUUGGUCGACGGAACCAUAAUAAUGAUUUUUGCUACCAUUGUGCACAACUCCUUCGUUAUUGCCAAUACCACCAAUGACACCCACCAUCCAAUUCUUCACCAUCUAUGGCAGGAUGGCUCAGGGGCUGAUGAUCAGUUCUGCCUUAGAGGACACCAACUGGAUCUUCACCACUUCGAUAACCGAGAAUCUUUGAACCUCAGUUCGAGGAAGACAGUGUGGCCUGACUAUCCUGUCGACGGCCUCCGAACAGCCCAUGGAGUGUUGAAUAUAAUAGGUUGGGGAAUUCUGGUGCCUGUUGGGCUUAUCUUCCCUAGGUAUUUCCGGGGAGUGGUGCACACAUUGAAGAAUUGGCAAAUUCCCCACAUAUUGAUAGAGAUCUUCGCUGCGCUCCUGGGGACCACGGGUUGGAUACUAGGUUUGGUGUUGGGAAGCACUUCAACGGGCUACAUUUAUGUUGCACAUAAGGCUCUAGGCACCAUCAUCUUUGUGUUGGCUGCCUUGCAGGUAAGAAUUUUGUUUCUAUCUCAGGUACUUGCCCUAAGGCAACAACGUGAAAAGGACGAUCGGCGAAGUACAAAAUGGGUGAUCUAUCACCAUUUUGUGGGUUACUCGCUGCUGGCUACAAUAAUCCUCAACAUUUACAAGGGCUUCCACAUCCUGGAUCCACCAUUGGGUUAUCAGUGGUCAUAUUAUGGACUACUUAUCUUCAUGGGCGCAAUCGUUGUUCUGCUUGAGAUUUGGACUUGGUGUAAAUUCCUCUCUGGAAGAGCUUUAUACAGAGAACCUUAGGCUUAAUUUCUUAAGUAUGUUUGAAGUUCUGAUUUGUUGUGUUUUUAGCUUCUUGGAACUUGAUGCCACCAAGACCAUGGUUUCAGCAUACCACAAAAUUUGCCAAAUUUUUAAUAUUGAUCACCUUCAAUGCUGCAAGGGAAAUUUUCCUAUAAG